AAGUGAUUUUCAACGUUUACUCAAAUCUUCUGCUGGAAAAGCUGCAGCUCUGGCUUGCGUAUUUUGGGAAAUGGCCGAUGCGGUUCUUAAAGAGCACUACACGGAUAUAUAUAAGAAGCUUGCAGACGAAAAGCCUCCUAAAUGGGAAUUCAAACUGUUUAUUCCGCGAAAGCGUCAAAAAAAAUUGAAAGGCUUUUCUUCUCCUGCAAGCGCCAAAAUACUUCCUUCGGCACAACAUUUAGGCAAGAAAGAUACCACCGACCCUUGUCCUUCCACUCCAUCAGUUGCGUUACCCGAUAACCAACCUGAAUUAGAUUUAAAUUGUACUAGUAAUAACAUUUACACCGAAAUACUUCCUUCAGCACAACAUUUAAACAAUGAAUAUACCAUCGACCCUUCCACUCCACCAGAUGCUGAUAGAAGGUUACCCGAUCACCAACCUGACAUUCAACAGUUGCACGAUUAUUUCGAAUUUUACGAAGGUCCAAUAUUGUUUCCCUGUGCCCAAGAAUGGCUUUGGAACUCGCCCCCGGUGAUUGUACCAAUACCGUUGAUACCGUUAACACAUAACAAUUGUAGCAAUUACGAAGUUACUAGUUCAUAUCCAACUGUUGAGUAUGGAAACGAGCUUGAUUGCUUAUCUGAAUAUUAUGCGUUGCUUUGUCUUGAUGAAAAGUUUGAAUUCAGUGAGAGAGAUGGGAUUCUCAAAAAUGAAAAAGGCUGA